GCAAAUUUACUUGGCGCAAAGAAGAGUGGCCCUUUAACGCCAGCCGAAAUAGAGCAAGCGGAAACUAUCAUAUUGAAGACUGUCCAGCGAGAAGUUUUCCUGAAGGAGGUGCGGGCUCUCGAACAGCAGCAAUCGAUUCCCAAGGGUAGUAAGUUGUCGUCCCUCAGUCCUAUCUUGGAUCAGAAGGGAGUCAUAAGGGUAGGUGGUCGGUUAUCACAGGCCGACAUUCCCGAAACUCAGAAGCAUCCAAUAUUGUUGCCAGCCAAGCACCACGUUACAACUAUCCUCAGGAGGAAGGAGCAUCUCAGGCUUCACCAUUGCGGCCCGGAGCAGUUGCUCUACUCAACACGUACACCUGAGGUCUUCAUGGGAGAUCUUCCUGAGGAUCGAGUUCGUCAUAACAUGAGACCAUUCACCACAGCGGGCGUAGACUACGCCGGGCCAUUGCAGGUACGAGAGAGUCGCAGGCGGGGAAGGAUUCACAUCUCGAAGGCCUGGAUCGCCGUGUUUACCUGUUUUGCCACUAAGGCCGUACACAUAGAGCUAGUGACGGAAUUAACUACCGAGUCAUUUCUAGCUGCAUUAAGAAGGUUUGUGGCGAGAAGAGGAAUUUGCUCGAAGAUCGUAUCCGACAACGGCACUAAUUUUGUCGGAGCUGCGAGAGAGCUAGCAGAAGUAUACGAGUUUCUUUGGAAGGAGAAAGAAGCCAUAGCCACAUACUUGGCUCGUCAGAAAAUCGAAUGGAGGUUUAUUCCUCCUCGAUCUCCACAUUUUGGAGGUCUUUGGGAGGCCGCUGUCAAGGCUACCAAGCGUCACCUCCACACUGUCACGAAGGGUCUGGUUUGGACGUUUGAGGAAUACGCAACGCUGCUCGUGAAGAUAGAAGCAAUCCUGAAUUCAAGGCCUCUCACUCCCUUUUCCAGUGAUUCUAACGAUUUAUUGCAUGCUCAGAAAUUACGCCAGCAUUUCUGGAAGCGUUGGCAGGAGGAAUACCUCCAAGAGCUGCAAAAGCGUCAUAAGUGGCGUAAUAAGGGCAAGGAUCUCGAGGUCGGUACUCUAGUCAUUCUGAAGGAGGACAAUACACCCCCUCUACAGUGGGUCCUAGGCCGAGUGGAGGAAGUUCAUCCUGGCAAGGACAAC